UGCAAUAGUUGUUUGACCAAAGAAACCCGAGUUCAUGUGAAGAAAAGGAACGAAACGACUUUCGACGGCGAAGAAGGAGAAAGUUUUCCAAAGAGCCACUUUAUUACCUGUUCGCAUCGAGCUGGGACGGAAAACAGGCCCCCCCCCGGUUGUCCAGAUGAAACUCCCUCCUUUCUCUCUGACUCGUUUUUCCGGGAUCCGUCCACGCCGUAGAUGCUGAGCUGAACCCUUCUGUGUUCAUCUUACCCCCCCCCCCCCCCCCCCCCCCAUAUGCCUCGAUGGAGAUCCUUCGUCAGUCGGUACCUGCGAUGGUCCAACCCCGUCGCUCAGGCCCUCGCCCUGUCCGCCGUCACCUUCUGCGUCGUCCUCCCCCUGUGCUGCCACCGGCUGCUGUACUCGUACUACUUCAUCCGCUCCGUGUACCUUGACUCCAUGAGCGAGGAGGUCCUGCGCGAGAGCCUCGACCGAGGCCAGGACGCGCUGCGCUUCUGGCAGAGCGCCGCCUCCUCCUCCUCCGGCGCCGCGUCGGCGGGGCCUCCCGCAUUCGCCGGCGACGACCGGCGCCCCGAGCUGCUCGUGACCGUGGUGACGUCCCGGCGCGACCAAGGGAGCGACUUCCACUACCUGCUGCAGGUGAUGCGUCGGCUGAGCGGCGUGCUGGGGGGCUGCGGGGAGCGGCGCUGCGCUGAGGUGCUGGUCUGCGACGUGGAGAGCGGCUCGCUGGAGAACCAGGACGCCCGGCUGCUGGAGGCCCACUUCAGGGUGAUCCGGCGCUCCCCCGAGGAGCAGCGCAGGAACCGGGACGCGGUCAACACCUUCGAGAGGGAGAAGCGGGACUACGUCUUCUGCCUCCGCAAGGGGUGGGAGCUGUUCAGGCCCCGGAACGUGGUCGUCCUAGAGGACGACGCUCUGCCGAAGGAGGACUUCUUCCAGGUGGUGAGGGACCUGCUGUCGCGUCGCUUCUCCCUGCACACGCUCUACGUCAAGCUGUAUCACCCCGAGAGGCUGCAGCGCUACUGGAACCCCGAGCCGUACCGCAUCCUGGAGUGGGUGGGGCUCGGGCUGGUCGCAGCGACGGCCCUCCUCCUCGCCGCCUCCUCCUGCUGGAGCCCCCGCUGUUUCUCCUUCACGCCGUCGGCCGGCCACCUGCUCUUCUUCACCGUCUACUUCAUGGCCGCCUCGGAGCUGCUGGGGCGGCACUACUUCCUGGAGGCGCGCAGGCUCUCGCCGCAGCUCUACGCCGUCUCGCCGGCCACGGAGUGCUGCACCCCCGCCAUGCUGUUCCCGGGCAACUCCUCGCUCCGGGUGGCCGAGUACCUGGACGGCUCCUUCUGCGCCAAGGGGAACGCCAAAGACACGGUGCUCUAUCGGCUGGCUCGGGCGACGCCCGGGGAGAGGUCUCACAGCGUGGAGCCCAACCUCAUCAGCCACAUCGGGGCCUAUUCCUCAGUCAGAGCCAACCCGGCCAGGCCCAAGCUCCUCUGACAUGGGGGGGGGGGGGGCGGCGGUGGCUCGGUUUAAUCAGGUGCCUCCUCACGUGGAUCUACUUUUCUUCUUCUGCUGUCACGUCCAACUGCCUCAUUUUGUAAAACUAAAUUGCAACAAAUAAAUCAAUAGGUUUACAUUUACAGCACUAUCGGUUAUUAUCAAAAUGAUAACUCUUGAACAAGCAACUUAAAAAAAUAUCCAGUUUACAUAUUUUUUAGUGCAGCAACAAAUGAUUCAAAGCUCCAACAGGAAUAAAAACAGAAUUACGUUCGGGCUGGGCUUUGGUUUUGGAAAAUCCAACGUAAGUUGAGUUAGAACAGAAAACGAUUCAUUGCACAGUCUGUCGAACCGCUGGUAUGCAACGCUAGCAGCCACCACAAGCUAACACGCUAACGAGCUAAUUCGUCGGCCAGUUGAGUGCGAGCGGCGGUCCUUUUCGGGGUCAACGAAUCAAUGUGUUUCCUUGAAAAAGCGAUACCGCCACAUACCGGAAUACCGUCAGAAUCUUGACAUGGAUUUUUUUUUUGUUGCCAUAACCGCCCGGCCUUAAAUGACAUAAUAACAUAUUUAAACAGAGUUGAGAUAUAUCGUGAGCGACAAGCAAUG